GGAGCGGUGAGCCGGUGAGAUGACGCGCGUGUCCACAAAGUAACCGGAGCUCGAUCUCCAAACGGAGCGCAGCAGUGAUGGAGAUCCCGCCGACCAACACCAGCACAGGUUGGUCACAGCUGGAGAACAUUUCCACCAGGAGUCCACAACCCGAUGAUGAUGAUGAGGAGGAGGUGAAGCUGAGCUACCAGCUCCUCACCUCCUUCAUCCUCUGCGCGCUCAUCCUCUGCGCAAUCUUUGGGAACGCCUGCGUCGUCGCGGCCAUCGCUUUGGAGCGAACCCUCCAGAAUGUGGCCAACUACCUGAUCGGUUCUCUGGCCGUCACGGACCUGAUGGUGUCGGUGCUGGUGCUGCCCAUGGCGGCGCUGUACCAGGUCCUGAACCGCUGGACUCUCGGGCAGGUUCCGUGCGAAAUCUUCAUCUCUCUGGAUGUCCUGUGCUGCACCUCGUCCAUCCUGCACCUGUGCGCCAUCGCUCUGGACAGAUACUGGGCCAUAACCGAGCCCAUAGACUACAUGAAGAAGCGCACUCCACGCAGAGCCGCGGUCCUCAUCAGCGUCACCUGGAUCAUCGGCUUCUCCAUCUCGGUGCCGCCGAUGCUGAUCAUGCGAUCUCAGCCGGGCAGUCUGGAGGGGGACAGGGCGAACCCGGAGCAGUGUAAGAUCAGGCAGGACCCCUGGUACACCAUCUACUCCACUUUCAUGGCUUUUUACAUCCCGCUCACGCUCAUGCUGGUUUUGUACGGGCGGAUAUUCAAAGCUGCCCGGUUCCGGAUCAGGAAAACCGUGCGUAAAACGGAGAAGAAGAAAGUGUCCGACUCCUGCCUGGCGUUAUCUCCCGCGCUCUUCCACCACAAGAAGACCAACCCCGGAGGAGACGCGCAGGGAAAGAGCUGGAGAAGCAGCGUGGAGCCGCGGCCGCUGCCGUGCGUCAACGGCGCGGUGAAGCACGCGGAGGACGGCGAGUCUCUGGAGAUCAUCGAGGUCCACGGCAGCUGCAGGGGAAACAACAACCUCCCGCUGCCGAACACGCCGAGCAACGCGCCGCUGUUCGAGAGCCGGCACGAGAGCAAAGCCACCGAGGCCAGGCGCAAGAUCGCGAUGGCGCGGGAGCGCAAGACGGUGAAGACUCUGGGCAUCAUCAUGGGCACCUUCAUCCUCUGCUGGCUGCCCUUCUUCAUCGUGGCCCUGGUCAUGCCCUUCUGCCAGGACUCGUGCUUCAUGCCGCGCUGGCUCGAGGACGUCAUUAACUGGCUCGGUUACUCCAACUCUCUGCUCAACCCCAUCAUCUACGCGUACUUCAACAAAGACUUCCAGAGCGCGUUCAAGAAGAUCAUCAAGUGUCAUUUCUGCACAAUGUGAGGCUUCUUCUGUGGGGACAGCAGAGACAAACUGAGGGACAAAUGUCCACGAGAACUGACUUGGUUUAUUCAGACUCAGAGCGAGAAGCAAACACUUCCGUGGAACAGCAACUAAUAGACUUUAAAUUACAUUUAAACAAACUUAACUGAAAGUGAGAUUUGAAGAAGGCUGGGGCCACGUGAGCAAUGAUUUUAAAAUGAAAAUAAAAUGAAUAAAAUAAGACAGAAUUCUGAGAUUCAAGUCACAGUCAUGAGGAGAAAAUUUUAAUUUUGAGUUUAUGAGAAAGAAGUCAGAGUUUCGAGGUUGUUUUUUUUAAGGUUUUCUACGGAUCUCUCAGAAAUAUGACUUUUAUUUGUUAUUUAUUUUGUUUCCAUAAUCGUGGCCAUAAUCCUCCUCCAAAGAUGACACUGCAAUUAUCUGAUGACAAUAGAGUUUGUGCCAAAACUGUGUAAAAUAAAAAAGGCUCUUUAUUUGAGAAGAAACUUUGUUUGCCAAAUAAUCAUGGUUUGAAUAUUGAAGCAAACAUUAUCUGUUGUACUGAUUUUGAAUAUAAUAUGUAUUUAUUUUUAAAACCAUAUAUAUCACGCAGCUCUGUUUUCAAGUUUGAUAAGAAGAUGAUUCUUGUUUUCUCAGUGAGAGGAUGAAGAGUCUGAGGCUCAUUAAACAGAAACUUUAUCAUUUUUUUAAAUUAAAUGAUUAAAUAUAGACUAUUCAUGUCUAUAAAUGCAUUUAAAUAAAUAAACAAACAAACAUGAUGAUUUGAUUCUAGCUCCAUGUUCCUCAUGUUCAAUAAAAUAUUCCAUGAUUCAGA